CGGCAGGAAGAGCCUGUCUCAGAGUUUCUACUCUCAGCUGCCAGAAACGGCAGAGACUCAGUUUGCUAAAGGAGUUUCUGAGCUGCAGAGUGAGACCAGAUACAAGGAAUCCGGGAGGAAAGGCGUGAGCUCCAGUCUCUACUCGCUGCUGCCGGAGACGAUAGAAACGCUUCGAGCCAAAGAGGUUUCUGAGCUCUGCAGCGAGCUCAAGUAUAAAGAAGAAGGCAGGAAGGAAGCGAGCGUCAGCCUGUACGCCGUCCUGCCAGAAACCCUGGAGACGCAGCACGCCAAGGAGGCGUCCAGCCUGCAGAGCCAGGUCCGGCACCGAGCGCCAGCCUGGUCCUGAAACACCACGAUAUGUUUCCACUGAAUUACAAUCAUCUGAGUUAUUCAUGGGGUUCCUCAAGGCUGUGUCCUCGGGUCGUUUCCAGGUGAAAUAUAAAGAAGGCGUGAAGGAGAAGAUCCAGAGCAGUUUGUACCAUCAGAUGCCUGAAACUACGGAAACCCAGAUGGCCAAACAUCUGUCAGAGCUGCAGAGCGACAUGAAAUACAGAGAAGCAGGAAAGAAGCAGAUCAGCAGCUGCCUUUACUCUCUGCUGCCUGCGACUCUGGAGACGCAACAAGCUAAAGAGACGACAGAGCAGCUGAGCCAGCUGAAGUACCAGGAGAGCAGCAGGAAGGAAAUGUCCAGCAGCCAUUAUGCCACCAUGCCGGAGACGUCAGAGACCAGCUUCGCCAGAGAAAUCAGCGACCUGCAGAGUGAGGUUAAAUACAAGCAGGACGGGAUGAGGAGCGUCAGUCAGAGUCUCUACAGUCGGCUGCCAGAAACGGCUGAGAUGAAGUUCGUUAAAGACGUUUCUGAGCUGCAGAGCCAGAUGAGAUACAAGCAGGGCAGGAAGGAAGUGAGCCGCUCGCUGUUUUCCUCGCUGCCUCAGACGCUGGAGACGAUUCACGCCAAGGAGGUUUCUGAUCUGAUCAAUGAGAGGAAAUACAGAGAUUCAGUGAAGAGAGAUCUGAGCUGCAGCCUCUUCCACCAGCUGCCCAAGACGCUGGAGACGCUCCAUGCUAAGGACGUCUCUGACCUGCUGAGCCAGGUAAAAUAUAAAGAAGACGGUAAGAAGGAGAUGAAUGUGAACCUGUACUCUGUGAUGCCUGAGACCAUCGACACGCAACACGCCAAGGAGGCUUCGGAGCUGCAGAGUGACGUGAAAUAUAAAGAAGGCGUGAAGGAGAUCCAGAGCAGUUUGUACCAUCAGAUGCCUGAAACUACGGAAACCCAGAUGGCCAAACAUCUGUCAGAGCUGCAGAGCGACACUAAAUACAAAGAAGCUGGAAGGAAGGAGAUGAGGGUCAACCUGUACUCUCAGCUCCACAACAACCUGGAGAUCCAGAGAGCGAAGGAAGCUGCAGAGCUGCAGAGCGAGAUUAAAUAUAAAGAAAGUGGGAAGAAGGAAAUGAGCGGCUCUUUGUACUCGACUCUCCCUGACACUCUGGAAACCAGCUUCGCCAGAGACAUGACUGACCUACUGAGUGAGAAUAAAUACAAAGAGGACGGGAAGAGGAGCCUGUCUCAGAGUUUUUACUCUCAGCUCCCAGAAACAGCAGAGACUCAGUUUGCUAAAACUGUCUCUGAGCUGCAGAGUGAGAUGAAAUAUAAGGAAUCAGGGAAGAAAGAGUCGAUGAACUCUCUGUACUCGACUCUACCGGAGACUCUGGAAACGCAGCAUGCUAAGGAGGCGACGCAGCUGCAGAGCCAGCUGACAUACAAACAGAACCAGCCGGUUGGAUCCAGUAUCUUCCACCUGAUGCCAGAAACCAUCAACACGCAGUUUGUCCGGCAGCAGACGGAGAUGCUGAGUGAGGUGAAGUACAAAGCAGACGGGAUGAAGGAUCUGAGCCUCUCUCUUCUCUCUGCUUCCUGACUCUCUGGACAUGCUGAGAGCCAAAGAGCUGACGGAGCUGCAGAGCCAGGCAAAAUACAAAGAGGCCAGUAAGAAGCAGAGUUCAUCGUCUCUGUUCCACCGACUGCCUGAAACUCUGGAGAUGCAACACGCCAAGGAGGCGACGCGUCUGCAGAGCCAGCUGCUCUAUAAAGAAGGAGUGAAGAAGGAGCUGCAGUGUCCGGUUUACCACCAGCUUCCUGAAACUCUG